AAUCAACCUCUCAGAACAGAGGUUUGGUCUUUGUCGGGGAGCAAAGAGAGAGAGAGAGAGAGAGGAUGAGUGUAGUAGUAACAAUAACAUCAACCAUCAAUUCCUCUCCAUCAUCAUGGAUGAACAACGGAGACAAUAAUUCUCCUUCGCUGAGGGAAACCUCUGCCUAUUUCUCAAGGAGGAGCUCGAAUAUAUCUCUUCUGAGGAAGAAGAAGAAUAAGAAGGUGUGUUGCGGCGGGAAGAGCACAGAUGAUGAUUACCACGCAACCCUCAAAUCUCUCAAUUCUCGGGGACGCUUUCCCAGAAAGUCCCUUGGACAGCAUUACAUGCUGAAUUCGGACAUCAACGAUCAGUUAGCGGCUGCGGCAAAUGUGAAAGAAGGAGACUUUGUGUUGGAGAUUGGACCUGGGACUGGCUCUUUGACCAAUGUUCUUCUCAACUUAGGUGCUUCUGUUCUUGCCAUCGACAAGGAUCCUCAUAUGGUGGAUUUGGUGCGAGAAAGAUUCCAAGGUUCCCACAAGUUCAAGGUUUUGCAUGAGGAUUUUGUCAAGUCUCACAUCCGUUCUCACAUGCUCUCCUUUUUAGAGACUAGAAACUUAUCUCAUCCAGAUUUUUCUCUUGCAAAGGUUGUGUCCAACUUGCCUUUUAAUAUAAGUACUGAUGUUGUCAAGCUUCUUCUUCCUAUGGGUGACCUCUUCUCUCACGUUGUUCUCCUACUCCAGGAUGAGGCAGCAUUGCGAUUGGUUGAGCCAGCUUUGCGAACAUCUGAAUACCGACCCAUCAACAUUUUGGUCAACUUCUAUUCUGAACCGGAAUACAACUUCAGAGUUCCUAGGGAAAACUUCUUCCCUCAGCCUAAGGUUGACGCAGCUGUUGUAACAUUCAAACUGAAGCAUCCGAGGGACUAUCCCGAUGUUUCCUCCACCAAAAGUUUCUUCUCUUUGGUGAAUUCUGCAUUCAAUGGGAAGAGAAAAAUGUUAAGAAAGUCACUCCAGCACCUAUCGUCAUCUCCUGAGAUCGAAAAAGCUCUUGGAGUAGCAGGUCUUCCAGUCACUUCGAGGCCAGAAGAGCUUACCUUGGGUGACUUUGUCAAGUUGCAUAAUGUAAUAGGCAGAGAAUAGACGGUGGUUCAUACUUAUCGAAGUUUUCAGGAAGCCACCAGAGAACAAAGCAGCAUGAGGAGGGGGGAGGAGAAGGAGAAGACCAUUCAGAUGCAGAUGAAUAUGUCCAUAUACGCAGGAAGUAAGUAGAACGCAGAUCCAGUCGCAUGUUCUUGUGUAACUCUCUCUCUGUAUUUUAGUCAAACUUACCUGUAUGGUGUAAAAUUAUUAUGGUGUAAAAUUUUAAUAUCACAAUUAUUUCACUAUUUUUUUUUGUUAGGUAUCACAAAAUUAUCUUGAUUAUGA